AUCCGUAUUCGUCGACAUCUCGGUGACUUCGUCGACGUAGUUCUUGCUAUAAGUAGGCGUCGUCGUCCUCUCUUCCACACGCACCGAAAUCGCAUCACCCCACGGCCAGCCCCGUGGGCGUGAAUGAGCGAGCGAGCACACGCGCGCGCGCACUUCGCGCUUAUUGCUCUCUGGCCUGCAGCAAGUUCAGCCAUGAGACCAGCCGCCACACCUGUCUUCCUCACGGGCGCCGUGUUCAUGGCUGCCUUUCUCGGCCUGCUUCUUGAAGCCGCCUGCGUCCCCCGGCUCCCUCCUCCUCUCUCCUCUCGCCUGCAGGGUGGAGGGACGGCCGGGGAGGAGGAGAAGGUGCGGCUGGGAUCGAGCCCGCCGAGCUGCCGCGGCAGGUGCUACGAGUGCAGCCCGUGCACGGCCGUGCAGGUGCCCACGCUGUCCCCGUCCGGGCCGGCCAUCGCCGCGACGACAUCGCGGCCUCGUGCUCGCGCGGAUCAGGUGCCGCUCGUCACGAUGCUCUCCAACUACAAGCCGGUCGGGUGGCAAUGCCAGUGCCGCGACCGCCUGUACGUGCCCUGA